AUGAUCGGCACUGUGACUAUCAAGGAGGUCUUCGAGGAUUCUGACCUCGAGAUCGUCCAUUCCCGUCAUGGCUUGCUCUCGUUGGGCAAGAUUAGUGGCGCUCGUGGAGAGAAGCAGGUUCAUGAGGCCGCAAGUCAUGAAUCUGAACCGUUUUCUCUGACUCCAGUCCAAGAAGAGAUCAAACAGGACCGGAGAGGGGCGACAAUUUCCUGGGCAUCUUUGACGUUUGACGUUACAGCUAUACCAGAUGUUAGUAUAGAGAAAUUGGCAAUGGUGUGGCAAGCACUUGCAUCACAACACUCGAUCCUGAGGACAAAACUAGUCGAAGGUCCAGCCGGAACGCAACAGCUCAUUUCCCGGAGGGCGUCUUACAUUCGCCUGUAUGGAGACAAUGAGAAUCAUCCAGAGACAGCGUUUCUUGUACUCAACAUCAACAAGGAGAUGAAAAGCCUGAGUCUUAAAAUUCAUCCCUUACUCAUCGACCAGUCAUCGCUUCAUCUCCUCCUGACAGACUUUACAUCAUUCUGGAAUGGGUUCGCCAUCUUGCAUCGACCUCAAUUCGGGGACUAUGCACAAGCAGUGAAGCGGAAAGGGACUUCGGAGGCCAUCUCCUACUGGCGGUCUCAAUUUGACAGACACGCGCCGAGCGCCGUGGCUAUUCCGGGAACCUCACGAAGCAGAUCGAUCCUCGACAUUGGCUUUGGCAUUGAAGAUUUGCUGGCUAGUAUCAGGCAGAGCACUGGAUUCUCUGAGAAUGUGAUCAUCUCAGCAGCCUGGGCACUCGUUCUCUCUCGUCACACAGCUUCAGACCAAGUGAUGUUCAACGUGACGGACCGAGACCGUAAAACUUUGCCGAACGAUGGUAUUAUCGGGCCGCUGGACGUAGACUUCCCGAUUCGGCUCACGCUUGACGGCGAACUUUCAGGCUUGAAAUUAUUGCAACACGUCUGCGAGCAGAUCGAUGAAGCUGGCUCAUACAGCUACAUCGGAAGGAGCGGGAUCAUCGAAAACGUCCCCGAGUACUUGAGAGCUAUUCCAAGCAUACGCUUAGUCCAUUUUGCAGAUCACUCUCAGCCAACUCCCGUCUCCACCGGCAUUGAUAUCACAAUAUGUGUACCCACCGCAACGGUGCAUGUCGAGGCUGACACGUCUACAACACAGUCUGAAUGCAGUAUAAUGGUGGAGCAUAUGUGGCAAGCCCUGAGAGAGCUGAACAUCUCACCCGAAAAAUUGCUGCAAGACUUUAAUUUGGUGUCGCGAUCAGAGCUGGGAAGAAUCCUUGAUAUGGGGCUGCCACAAUAUACUGCUGGCCCAGCGACCACAUUGCACGACUUGAUCACACAGCAAGCCCAUGCGCAACCAGACAAAAUUGCUUUACAGUUUGAAGACGGCUCAACCUUUACCUAUGCUGAAGUGGAUGACAUCUCCCACAGACUGGCUACAAUUCUGCGGCAAUGGGUACGACCUGGCAGCAUUGUAGCUAUACAUGCUGACAUGUCAUGUCAAACGAUCAUGUGUCUACUUGCCAUCAUCAAGGCUGGCGGAGCUUAUCUGAUCAUCGAUCCCUUGCUUCCGACACAGCGCAAAGCUUAUUUCCUCAAGGAUAGCCAUGCAGAAGUCUGUAUCGUUUCUGAAUCUUACUAUAAAGAUUCGCAUGCGUGGUCUGAAGAUGAACGGAAGUUUCUUAUCCUCGGAGAGCUCCUGGAUCUGAUCACGCGUCCUGAGACUGAAAACCCCACCGUAACUCCACUUUCGGAUGUGGCUCCAGCCUACAUCGUUUACACCUCCGGGUCUAGCGGAGAGCCUAAAGGGGCUGUGUUAUCACAUCGAGCAGCUUGUGCCGGUAUUCAGUGCUCCACUACCGAUACUUCGACAAGGAGGCUCCUCUUCUACAACCCGAUAUUCUCUGCUGCACAGAGAACAAUAUGGUCUACACUUGCACACGGCGGUUGCUUGUGCCUUGCAAGCCAAUCGAGUCUGACCGUUCGCUUGAGCGAGACCAUCAACACCAUGCAGAUCACAGACUUGGGGAUCACAUCUUCCGCAAUCGUCCUACUAGAUCCUGCGUCCCUCACGAGCUUAAAGCGGGUCACCAUGACAGGCGAGCCUAUCUCCCGCGAAGUCGCCCUGCUAUGGUCUAACAAAGUGGAGCUGUUCAACAACUACGGCCUGACAGAGUGCACACAACUGAACUGGGGUUGUAGAAUUGACUCGGCGACAGACGAUCCAUCCAAUAUCGGUAAGCCAAGAGAUACCACCGGAUCAAUAAUCCUUACAGCUGGUACGACAUCGGCUUCGCCAUUGUGUGUACCGGGAGAACUCUGCUUAUAUGGCCCUCAAUUGGCGACGCAAUAUCUUAACAAGCCAAGCCAAACAAGCGAAAAGUUCAUCGAUCAUCCUCAUCUCUCAAAUCAACGACUCUACCGUACAGGCGAUCUGGCGGUCAGACAUCUCGAUGGCUCGGUCUCUAUCUUGGGCCGGUGUGACGAUCAACUCAAAGUAAAUGGACAACGUGUGGAGCCACGCGAGAUCGAACUCGUGACACGCAAACAUGACCGAGUCGUUGCUGCAAUCGUUACAUCCAUCGUCAUUGAGCAACGGAAGACUUUGGUGGCAUUCAUUCAGCAUGAUAACAAGAUCGAAUGGAAAACUCUGGUGUCCUCUCUACGCGACUUCAGCUUACAGAAACUCCCGAUAUACAUGAUCCCGACGUACUGGAUUGAGAUGGAGACCAUGCCGCUCAACGCAAACGGAAAAGUUGAUUACCCUUCCCUCAAAGCUAAGCUCCAGGGCAAGACGCAUGCGGACCUGGUGUCAGAACUGCUUUCUGAUGACAUGCCAGAGCUUGAUGAAAAUCUCACGGAGCCGCAAAUCCUUUUGCGAACCGUAAUCUCGGCAGAGCUGGAAUUGCCGAAGUCCGCAUGGAGCAUGAAAACCUCGUUCUUCGAACUCGCAGGUGACUCCUUGAGGGCAAUACGCAUUGUCUCUGCACUUCUGGCUCAUGGUUACAGCAUGAAUGUCAGGGAUCUAUUGUUGUCUGACAAUCUGUACGAAGCUGCGGACAAAAUGCAGCCCUCAGCCAACGGUAGUGCACCCUUGAGUGUUGUUCCAUUCUCUCUGCUUGACGCUUCCAAAGCUGGAAAGUACAAAGCUUUCGAAGACGCGUAUCCGGUCACGCCGCUCCAGGAGAGUGUCCUCUCUGCACAUAUUCUGUCAGGCACCUAUGUCUACGACCGCGUGUUCAAGGUUGAUGAUGCCGACAUUGAUCGACUUCGCGGAGCGUUCCAAAGCGUAAUCGCUCGCAACCAGAUCUAUCGCACUAAGUUCGUGCAAUCGGAAAAUUCAUACGACCAGGUAGUACACAGAUCAUUCGAACUGCCAUGGAAUCAUAUGACCGCGAUCAACCUGGAGACCUACCUUCAACAGAUUCGGGCUGGGACGCGCGAUCUCAACGAUGACAUGAUAAAAGUAGCACUGAUAGCGGAUGACUUACUCGUGGUUAGUAUGCAUCACGCGCUCUUCGAUUUCUGGUCAUCAAGCUUUUUGUUUGAUGAUGUCAACGUGGUGUACCGCGGCGGAGCGGCUCCUGAUCGGCCAUCCUUCUCAGCUUUCGUCUACCAUUCACAAAAUCUGAGCUUUGAGAAGUCACAAAGCUUCUGGGCACACCAUCUUGAGAAUGCCGAGCCCACCAUUCUCGGCAAGGAUGCAGCAGACUUCGGUGUUGCCAGACGAGUCUUGACACGAGACUUCAAAGAUCUAAGUUCCGGUACUAGCGUGUCUUUUGGGGCGUUUGUCUAUGCCGCGUGGGCUGUGGUCUUGUGGAAGCAUACCGGUCAGAAAGACGUGACGUUUGCAAUCACGCUCUCGGGCCGUGAUGCUCCGAUUCCGAAUGUGCAGACCCUCAACGGACCAACUUUGGCCACAGUGCCCAUACACCUCCGGAUAGAUUCCGACAUCAGCUUCCUCGAAUUUGCCAAGUAUGUACAGUCUGAACUGUGGAACAUUGCUGAAUUCGCGCAAUAUGGUUUGAGAAAUGCUUUGGCUGCUGCUAACGUGGAUGGCGUCCUCUUCGACUCUUUGGUGAAUUUUCUGGUUCGUCCAGGGGCAACCACAGACGAAGAUGUUCUUAAGGCGUACGGACAAAGGCCUACAUGGGAGACCGGUUACAAAUCCCUUGAAGUCGAGGAGCUGGAGCCGGGUCGACACGAGAUUAAGUUCUCGGGCCGGAUCGAUGCUUCGAAGGCUCGUUUUAUUUUAGAUCAAGUCUGCCGAGUCCUUGAGGACGACUUGAAUCAACUUCGAGAGCCAUUACGCAAUCUGAGCAUUGUUCGUGGAGCGGAGCUCGAAUGGUUGAAGUCGCUUGCCGCUUGCGAUGGCGGUGUCUAUACGCUUCUGCAGGAGCCAUUCGAGAAUGUUGCUGGAGCAUCCGCUCAGUCCAAUGCAAUCGAGUUUCGGAAUGAACGUGCGAUAACAUACACGGAGCUCAAUGCCAGAGCUAACCAGCUGGCCCGCCAUCUUCGCGAACAGAGCAUUGGUCCGGACGUUCUCGUCCCGAUAUGCUUGCCUAAAUCAGUGCAGCAGAUUGUAUGUAUCCUGGCGGUGCUAAAGGCGGGUGGCGCCUUUGUGCCAUUGGACCCGGACAACCCGAUCGAACGAAACAAUUUCAUCGUUCGAGAUGUCUCUGCGACUAUCGUACUGACCGACGAGAAUUACGCCCCCUUGUUCGAGCAAAGCGCAAAUACCGUUAAGAUCAUCGAUGUACUCGAGCUCGACUGCUCUUCUUACGCCUCAGAGAAUCUCCGCAUCACGGGGCUCACUCCCGAAAAUCUUGCGUAUGCGAUCUACACUUCUGGGAGCACUGGAGUUCCGAAGGGUGUGCUGAUCCCUCACAAGUCCAUCAGCUCUGGUAUUGACAGCAUUGUUGCAGUUGAAGGAUUUGAGAGCUCCUGGCGCGUGCUUCAAUUCUCCAAUUAUGUCUUCGAUGUCGCCAUAGGCGAUAUCUUCUGCACUUUCAGGGUCGGCGCAACACUAUGCAUGGCUCCAAUGAGCGAUCUCAUGGCCGAUCUUGCUGGAGAGAUCAACCGCAUGAGCGUUGAUCGAAUCUUUCUUACGCCCACCGUGGCAAAGUUACUUUCUCCCGAGGACGUACCUCAGGUCCGAGGAAUCUAUCUCGCUGGUGAGCAGGUGACUCAAGAUUUGGUCGAAAAGUGGACACCGUACUGCAAGGUCAUGAAUUGCUAUGGUCCCACAGAAGCAUCCAUCCUUGUAGCUGCCGGCGAGAUUACUGCCGGGAGCAGUUCCAGAAUAAUUGGAGCACCUUUACGUCACUGCUCUGGUAUGAUCCUCGAACGAGACGGCACAAGCAUGGUGCCAUUUGGAGCAGUCGGUGAACUCUGCUUUGGCGGGUUUCAGCUGGCCCGUGAGUACCUUAAUCGACCAGAUGCUACAGCGAAGGCGUUCAUCAACCUCGAAGGGCGGAGAAUUUACCGAACGGGUGACCUUGCCUGCUGGACCGCCGAUGGUAGAAUCGAAUGCCUUGGACGAAUGGAUUCACAGGUUAAGAUUUCGGGUCACAGAAUUGAAAUUGGAGAAGUUGAAGCUGCGAUCUUAGCCACCCAAGUUGUUCCGGAUACGGUGGUGGUUGCGGCCAAAAUUGGCGAUCGGACUCAUCUAAUCGCAUUCUGCGUCAUGGACGCAGGGACCGAUCUGAUCCACGGAGACUCUAAAUAUUCGAAAGAGUGCAUGGAGUCUCUCACAGCCCUUUCGCUUGGACUCUCAUCGCUCUCACCAUACAUGGUGCCUCAGCACUGGGUGGCUCUCAGAUCGCUUCCGCGAUCGCCUUCUGGCAAGGCGGACCGACGGAGACUUCUCACCUUUGCCGAGGAGAUGGACGACACGGAGUUGAGUCGAUAUGCUCUGGGAGAGCAAGUGGAGGCGGCAUUUACUCCGCCAAGCACGCCUGAACAAUUCACUCUCAGGUCGCUCUGGGCGGAAAUGUUCGCAAUCGAUGAAGAGACCGUGAGCGCGACGGGCGCGUUCUUCAUGUAUGGCGGAGAUUCCAUUGCUGCUAUAAAUCUAUCCGGCAAAUGCCGAGGGCUGGGCUUCUCUUUGUCUGUGAGCGACAUCAUGGCCUUUCCGCUCCUCCAGGACAUGGCGGCCCACAUGCGGUUGAUCGAGGGCACGAGUCAGCACCAAGAUGCGCCCGGCCUGGAGAUGUCAAAGCAGCUGACGCAACAUCUCGCCGCGAAAGGUCUUUACAAUGAUCAGAUCGAAGCAGUAUGGCCGUCGCCUCCGGGCGUGGAGGAAUUUUUGAUCCGGGGCGCCGACAAGUCGCAAUCUUGGCAGUGUCAGACCGUCCGACCCUUGCCUCCCAACUUCGAUUGGUCCGAAUGGAUCCGGCUCACGACAGAGCUUACACGAAGAAAUGAGAUUCUUCGUACCCUGUGGGCCUAUGACAAUGACCGUUGGAUCCAGAUUGUAUUGAAGCAUCCGACUCUGGACUCGGAAGUUAUCCGAUGUGCGAGUCCAGAGCAUCGCAAGAAAAUGGCGUCGCGCGUCUGGGACGAGCGUUUCACGAUUGAUAGCUGCAAACCCUUCGUCCGGUAUCGGCUGCUCGAGACCGAGUCUACAGGCGAACGACAUCUUUUGAUCAAGAUUCAUCAUGCCAUGUAUGAUGGUACAUUGCUCAGGAUUUUCGACGAGCAGUUUCAAGCUUUGCACAACGGAUCGCAACUCCCAGAAAGUGUAGCAUUUGCACACUACGUAGGACACAUAUCCUCUAUCCCAAGUCAGAGCCGUGACGAUAGCCUUGAGUUCUGGGCGAAGCUGCUUGCUGAUGGACCGCUUCCAUUCCCGAGCCCUGCUGAGCACCGACUGCCAGCUCAGACGUCUUCUAUGAUCUUGAAGAGUGCAUCUUCGCGGGUCGACGGUUUCGCGGCGCAAUGUGGUGUAACAAUCCCCAUCGUGUUCCAAUCUGCCUUUACAGUCCUGCUUGCGGACCUUGGCGGAACUUCUGAAGUGAUCUACGACAACCUGAUCACAGGACGGAACAUCGACAUGGAAAACGCGCAGCUGAUCAACGGCAACUGCGCCAAUUUUCUCCCGUUUCGAGGAUCGAUCACCGAGAGCACGACAGUCCGUGAUCUGCUCAAGGCGACCCAGGAUCUUUUCUGGAAGGCCACGGAGCAUGGCGAUGUGAAUCUGACCGCCAUAAACGAAGCUCUAGGUGACGCAGACAGCGCGAGCCCUUGUCGUUCUCUAUUCUUGUUCCAGCCGUUCGAGCCCGUCACGGGUACCGCAAAGCACAUGCGAUGGAUGGUCAUGGCCGGCAGUGAGGUAACGAUGCCGAUUGACUACGCUUUGCACCUCGAGGUAUCGAAGACCAUUGCCGGCUAUAAUGUGAAAUUCAAAUUUGAUGAAAACCUCUUCUGCAAAGAGGAAGCUGACCGCAUUGGGGAUUCGUAUCUGGCAAUUCUUGAUGAGAUGAUCUUGCGAUCUUUCUCCGUGCUGUCGUCGUUUGAUACAGUCUCUCUGGAGCUAUAG